AUGUUUGAUGAUGACAACACAUUUGUUGGUGUUAUUUCGAUCCUUACCACUAUCAAGUCAUUACAGAAGCCCUCCUCUUCCAAACCAUCAUACGAUUUCGACCUUUUCUCCUCCUCCUCGGAAGAAGAAGAAGAAUUAAAUGUUGAUGCCAACAGUCCAUGGAAUCAAGGCAAUGAAACCAAAACCAAUCCAGUUGAUAAUCCCGCUCCUUCAGAACCACAAUAUGAUGAUGUUGAACUCCGAGACAAUGUUUCUAGUAUUGUUUCCAAGGUUGACUCACUCGACAAGUCUCUAGAUCAACUUGACUCCAAGAUCGAUCAAAAUGUUACCAGCCUCGACUCCAAACUUGAACUCAUUCUCAAAUUGCUCUUCGAGAUCAAAGAAGCUGGCCCCUCGGAACUCGAUUGGGAAAAUCAACUUGACUAG